AUGCGCACAAUCUUGUUCAUGGUCGUUAGCCAUCUCAUACUCACCCUCUCCCCAAUCCUGACCCUCCUUCUACUGCUCAUGAUCAUGAUGCCAGUGGUCAUCGGCACUGUCAUCGUGAGAAGAGCAGCUGGUGCGCAGAUUCUGAAUUUCGAGCUGUGGGCCAUUCAGGCGUUGGUGACCUGCUUCUUCAUCGACACGCCCACUGACCCUGCGAAGCUCUUCCAGGUGAUGGAUGGACUUCUCCGUGAAGGAGGCGUCUGGGUGAAUAUAGGGCCGCUGAACUGGAAGAAGGAGGCCCGGCUGAAGCUGAACUUCGACGAAAUCGUCGGCAUCUUUCAGCGCAAAGGCUAUGAGUUCGUGACGCAGAAGAAAAUGGAAGUGGACUACCAUAUGCCUCGCGGGGAGAAGAUGUAUACGGAGUCCUACAACGUCGCUCUUACUGCCGCGGUCAAGCGCAAGCGAGACGUCCGGGAGCUCCAAAGGCGCCUUACGCAGGUCAUCCUGGAGGUCGGGCCGGAGGCUUUCGAUGCGCGCGGCAUCUCGAGCCUCUUCUAUGCUUGGGGCAUCAUGCGCUUCAAGUCCAAGCUCAUCAAGCCUUUCUGCAUCAACGCAAGGAAGCGUCUGAAUGAGUUUGACCCACAGAGCAUCGCGAACAUGGUCUUCGGCAUCGGUCUUCUUGGUCUGAAAGGCGAGGCGCGCAUUUUGGAUGCUGUGGGCAAGAAUGUGCCGAACCGACUGGACGAGUUCCACCCAGAGGAAGUCACCAGCAUGGCCGGUGACCAAGUUGUGGGAAGUGCAGGGAUGAAGGUGUAG